CAUUUCCUUUCUUCAACUCAAACCAAACUUCACACACAAAAAUGGUCCCAAAACCUCACACCAAAUGCAUUCUUUCACCAUCCUUCUUGUUCAUUCUUCUAAUCAUUUUCUUGGUUUUCAAUUUUGGUGAAUCAAGACCACCAUUUGCUUGUGACCCUAGUAAUAGGGUCACUAAAGACCUCCCAUUUUGUCGUCUAAACUUACCAAUUAGAGACAGAGUUAGGGACUUGCUAGGAAGACUAACUUUGCAAGAAAAGGUAAGACUAUUAGUCAAUAAUGCAGCCGCGGUGCCUCGGCUAGGAAUUCAAGGUUACGAGUGGUGGUCCGAAGCGUUACAUGGCGUAUCGGAUGUUGGUCCAGGAACCAAGUUUCUUCCAACGUUUCUUGGCGCUACUCAAUUUCCUCAAGUCAUUACAACUGCUUCGUCAUUUAAUGAUAGUUUGUGGGAACAAAUUGGUCAGGUGGUGUCAAAUGAAGCACGGGCAAUGUACAAUGGAGGAAAGGCAGGGCUAACGUUUUGGAGCCCAAAUGUGAAUAUUUUUAGGGAUCCAAGAUGGGGCCGCGGUCAAGAAACACCGGGGGAAGAUCCAGCAUUGGCUGCUCGCUAUGCUGUUCGAUAUGUAAAAGGACUUCAAGGCAAUGUGGGUAAUAGCCUUAAGGUUGCAGCCUGUUGUAAACAUUACACGGCGUAUGAUCUUGAUAAUUGGAAUGGCGUCGAUCGCUUUCACUUUAAUGCCAAGGUGAGUAAACAAGAUUUGGAAGACACAUAUAAUGUACCUUUUAAGGCUUGUGUUUUAGAAGGUAAAGUUGCAAGUGUAAUGUGUUCUUACAAUCAAGUCAAUGGGAAGCCUACUUGUGCCGACUCGAAUCUCCUCAAGAACACGAUUCGUGGGCAAUGGCGCCUAAACGGUUACAUUGUUUCGGAUUGUGAUUCGGUUGGGGUUAUGUAUGAUAGCCAACAUUACACGGCUACACCAGAAGAUGCAGCCGCGGUUAGCAUCAAAGCAGGUCUUGAUUUGGAUUGUGGCCCACAUUUAGCUGUUUAUACAGAGGGGGCUGUAAAACAAGGAAAGCUAAAAGUGGCUGAUAUUGAUGGGGCCUUGGCGAACACUAUAGCGGUUCAAAUGCGCUUGGGCAUGUUUGAUGGGCCGAAACAGCCAUAUGCAAACUUAGGGAUAUCGGAUGUUUGCUUAAUGUCAAGUAACCAACUUGCUCUAGAAGCGGCCCGUCAAGGAAUAGUUCUUUUAGAUAACCGUGGGCACGGCCCACCAUUGUCAGUAGUGCGACAUCGUACUGUUGCUGUUAUUGGGCCCAAUUCCGAUGUCACCGUGACCAUGAUAGGAAACUAUGCUGGCAUUGCUUGCGGGUAUACAACACCACUACAAGGUAUAGCUAGAUACGUUAAGACGAUUCACCAAGCCGGGUGUAGUGAUGUAAGUUGUAGAGGGAACCAAUUGAUUGGGCCGGCUGAAGGAGCUGCCAGACAGGCCGAUGCAACCGUUUUGGUUAUGGGCCUUGAUCAAUCUAUUGAAGCUGAAGCAAGAGAUCGGGCUAACAUACUCCUUCCUGGACAUCAACAAGAGCUCAUAUCAAGAGUUGCUAAGGCUUCUAGAGGCCCGUGUGUUCUCGUCAUUAUGUCUGGAGGUCCUGUUGACGUUACUUUUGCGAAAAAUGAUCCUCGGAUUUUGGCUAUUAUCUGGGCUGGGUACCCGGGCCAAGCUGGUGGGACUGCUAUUGCCGACGUUUUGUUUGGAACUACUAAUCCAGGGGGGAAGUUGCCUAUGACAUGGUACCCACAACAAUACUUGGCUAAGGUACCUAUGACAAAUAUGGGAAUGAGGGCUGACCCGGCCCACAACUACCCAGGUCGGACCUACCGUUUCUACAAAGGGCCCGUUGUCUAUCCAUUUGGGCAUGGUCUAAGUUACACAACUUUUCGACAUUCCAUAGCUAAAGCGCCAACAUCACUCUCUGUCCCUAUGCUAUCAAUCCACCUAGAGAACAACAACUCGACGACCCUAACCAAUGGGGUCCGCGUAUCCCAUACGAAAUGCUCUGCCCUCUCCAUGGGCUUACACGUUGACGUGGAGAAUACAGGAACCAUGGACGGAACCCACACCGUGAUGGUAUUUUCAAGCCCACCAGAAGGAAAAUGGGCCACACAUAAGCAAUUGGUGGCCUUUCAAAAGGUCCAUGUGGUGGCUGGUGGGCUACAAAGGGUUUUACUUGACCUUCAUGUGUGCAAACAUUUGAGUGUGGUUGACAAAUUUGGGAUCCGAAGGGUUCCAAUGGGUGAGCACACUCUUCACAUUGGUGAUCUCAAGCAUUCUUUAGCCAUUAAACCAACAAUCCAAGAAAUCAAAUAUUGAUACUUACUAAUCUUUUUUGUAUUUGACCUUUUGUUAAAAAAAAAAAUUUUAAUUACUAUUAAAAGUUGCAUUUUUUUAAACCUCCUGCUUUUGCCCGAGUUAAAACUGCAACUGUAUAUGGGGUGUUUAUUAGCUUGAUUUAGUUUGCUUUUUAAUUCCAAAGGAAAUUACGAAGGGGCUAGAAACCUGAAGAUGUGAAUAAGCUUGAUUUGUGUGCUUUUCAUGUGUAAACUUUAUUGCAACAACUUAAAAGAAAAAUGUGAAUACACAUUGAAUUUUCAUAA